AUGGGGGGCGCACAUUACUCAGAAGAAUUCCCACUAUUGGCCGGGGUCGGCCUAUAUGCCUCUGAUAUAUCUGGCGACGGAAACUGUUUAUUCCACGCGCUCAGCGACCAGAUAUACGGUCAUGAGAGUAACCAUGUAGAGAUCCGCGAGAGGGUGGUGGAACAUAUGAGGACACAUGCAGAAUACUUCAAAUUAUUCCUUGAUGUCGAUACAGCCCGCAGAGCACCCAAAAGAAAGGCCCAUACCGCAGGGUCCACCGUUGGGCCCACCGAGGAUGCCAUAGACAAGGCUUUCGCCCAACAUCUCAAAACCAUGUCUCAGCCAGGUGUCUACGGGGACAAUAUGGAGAUUAGUGCUUUCGCACGAGAGUACAACUGCGAUGUCAAAAUCUACCAACGAGAGUUUGCAUACGUCGUAUCGGGCGGCGGCGACGGGUCCAAGAAAACGGCGCACAUAGCGUAUCAUACAUGGGAACAUUACUCGUCGAUUCGAAACCGUGACGGCCCUCGCACGGGCCCUCCAAAUGUCACUCCAGUGCCUUUAACUGAAGAGGGUAGAAGAGAACAGGAACGGAAGCUUGGAGAAACGUCGUAUGUGCUCCCGUGGAUGGAAGGGGUGGUUGCUUCGAGUCUACCGUAUAUUGUCGACCCAGGAAAGAUACGUCAUGUGUUAGAGAAAUGCAAGGGGAAUGUCGACGAAGCGGUUUCCCAGUUGUUGGAUGAGAACGAAGCAGAGAAGCCUAAAUCAACGUUUAGAAGGGAGGAUGUCUCAAGGCCAAUUUCUCCAAAGUCUACGGAGGAAGAUAUAGAGGAUGGGAUAGUAGUGUUGGGAGAAAAAGAAGCUGUGGAAAAUGUCGAGGGGCUCAAGGACGAACCGGGCGUAAAAAGGUUAACAAAGAAGGAGGCUAUCCGCCCAAAAAGAUCUCCUAUUCGUUUAAACGGCGAUGAGGAGAAGAAGACGCUCAAAAAUGAUAUUCCAAAUGACCCGAUCUCAGCAAACGAACCACAAACGCAACCCCCCACCCAAAAGCCAAGGCGCGAUACCAAACGUGAAAAGAAGCUAAAACAGAAAGAAGCCAAGAAGCUUAGGGAUAGGGAGAGGGCUGCUAAUAAAAAUAAAGAAACCGAGGGGGCUACAACCACUAUUACUGUUGGAAUCAAGGAGCUGCAUGUUUGA